AAUCGAGUACAGAUAGUGUACAGAAAAGAACAACGAUUUAAACAUUUUUGAAGUUUCAAUUUCUAUAUACAAUCUAGUUUGUUUUGACUUAAUAUAAACUUGCGUUUCGUUUUUGUUCAGUUUAUUUAAGUUUCUCUUAUUGAUUUUUUGAAAAGGAUGUUUAGCCCGCAACUAGGAAAUUUUCCAUUUGCCACAUCAAAAAUUGACCCAGAUAACUCGAAAUCAAAUAACUUGGAUAGUAAAACAAUGGAAAGAAACAAUGGUGCUGGUGAUAGUAAUCAAACUCAGAUAGACAAAACUAAACUGAUUGUAAAUUACAUACCACAAUUUGCAACUGAAGAUGAUCUAUCUCAGAUAUUUUCAACUGUUGGUAGAGUUGAGAGUGUAAAAAUUAUGAGAGAUUUUAAGACUGGAUAUAGUUUUGGAUUUGGUUUUGUUAAGUAUGCUAACCCAGAUGAUGCUUCCAAGGCCAUUCAAGCUCUUAACGGAUACAAUUUUAGGAAUAAGAGAUUGAAAGUUUCGUACUCACGUCCACCAGGAACUGAUAUGAAGGAUUCAAAUUUAUACAUCACGAAUUUACCUAAAGAUAUUACUGAACAGCAAAUUGAUAACAUGUUUUGUGAAUAUGGAGAGAUUGUACAGAGAACUGUGUUGAAAGAUAAAAUAACCGGGAUGCCUCGAGGAGUUGCAUUUGUAAGGUUUUCGAAAGGCGAAGAAGCACAGGCAGCCAUUGCAAGUUUACAUGGUAAAAUGUUAGAAAAUGCCAUGUUACCUCUUAGCGUUAGAGUAGCUGAAGACCACGGAAGACAAAAAGCGCAGUAUAUUGAUAUGUGGGAUCCAAUGAAUUAUAGUAGGGACUCCGACGAUUCAGAAGAACCUGAUCCUGAAGAAGUUUUGAUUUCAGCAGUUUUUUCCAGAAAACAACUUUGGGAUCCGAAAGUGCCUCUUAUAGAAGGCACGCAAUCUAAAAUUGAAGCACUUUGGAAAGAAAUAACUGAUAGAUUUGACGGAAGAUACACGACGGAAUUUUUGAUCAAAAAAUGGGGUCAGCUUAGGGAUGAUUAUAUUUUAUCUAAAAGAAAAUUAUUUUCGUUUGUUUCUAAAUUUCCUGACGAGAGGCCUCCAAGAUCAACAUUCCCUUAUUUUGACCAGAUGAAGUUUUUAGAUAAAACUAUAGACCUCUCCGAUUCUAUAGAAUGCCCUUCACACAGAACAGAUGUAAAACCAGUGGUCGGAGAAACCCAAACUCCGCCAGCAAAAAAAAUUAAAGUUGCAGAACCUAAUGAUAGCAUUGAUGAAUUUUUGGUAUUAUUGGGUGAAGGUCUUCGGUCACUACCACAAAUAAAUAUCUCAAAGUUACAAAAUAAAAUUUUGAAAUUGCUGGAGGAAGAGACUUCUUCAGUGUCUUCCUCCAGUUAGAGGAGGAGUAUUGCCAUUUAGAGAAAUGAACAAUCCCAGAGGAAACUUACAAAAUCGUUUUGGCAGGCUUCAUUUGAACAGUAUGAGAAAUUUGGGAGCGGGCGACACCUUCUUUCAAAAUCCAUUUAUGUUUUGAGAAACUCAGAAAUGUUUUUGUUUAUUUUUAAAUUUCAUUUCGUCGAUGAUCGACUGCCUUUUUUCCUAUUAACUGAAAAGAUAUUUGAUCAAAUUAUCAUCACAUCGUAAUAAACCCCGUAUUUUUUCUUUUUUUGUUAAAAAUUGUAUAAUUAUGUUGAUGUAGGACACAAUUUGCUUAUAAUUUGAUCGAUAUCUUUAAGCUAUUGUUUUGUUUAGAUUGUUUGUUGGCUCGUUAAUUUGUUUGAAAGUUGUUUUGAUGUUUUUGUUUCAGUUGAUUGUUGACGAUUUCAUCCCAUUUUUAAAAUUAUGACAGAAGACUGGUUGUUAAUUUUAUUGAAUUAUUUAUGAUUCGUAUACAAGUUUCUACCGUAUGUGGAUAAGUUCAUAAAUCAAAUAAGUAUUGUUGGUUAAUGAAAGCGAAACUAUUGCACAAAACUCCCAAUUUAAUUGAUGUAUUAUGAAAUUGAAAUAAAGGAAGAGCUGCUUCUUUUAACAGUCAUUUGGAAAGAAAUUUUCAGUAAAAGACUUGAAAUAUGUGCAAAAAGCUUGAUUAGCUCAUCAAUACUGUAUUGUUAAUGUGAUUAUUUUGAUUGCGAAAAAAAUUGGAACUAGCUUAAAAUACUAAUGUUUCAACAUUUUUUCGCAUUUUGAUUAUUGUUACUAAUUCUUAUAUAGUUUUAUUUUCUAUGUUUGUGGAUAAUGUGCGGAUAAUAGAUUAUUUUUAUUUGAUGUUUGCUUUAUUUUGAAGCUCAAUAAAUAAAAAUAUUCGCUCUAAUUAA